UUGAAGGCGAAGUGUCUCGUGGAAAUCCGCAAGUUCCCAUUUGAUGACUACCCACCUUAUGUGAAGAGCUUGGGCGAAUUUCGAUGGAAGCCUCUGAUAAUCGCGAUGACGUUAAAAGAGUUUGGAGCGGUUUGGUAUAUGGACACCUCGGUACGAUGGAAAAAAGACCGCCUUGAUCUGGUGUACGAUGAGAUCCGAUGUCGAGAAACUUUCUGGAGGAGCCGAAACGUCACAGAAUGUGGAAAGUCCGCAUAUCUACUGCAGUCGUCUUCUAAUCAUGGCGUUUUCCCAACUACUGAUCCAGGGGUUUACGAGUAUAUUCCCACGUUGCUCCCUCACCUGAAGCAGAAAUCUUGCGAAAACCAUGAUGCUGGUUUCGCAUUCGUCGUCAGAACAAAAGAUGCGAUCAACAUUUUGAAGUGGUACGUCCUUUGUGCCCUGGAGAAGGACUGCAUGGCACCACCUGGAGCACAACUCAUUUGCAGAUUUGGUGAAAACCGUUGGGAACAUUACGCUAAAUGUCAUCGGUGA